AUGAAUGGGUAUAAUGUUGACAACAACUUUUCUGCAAACAAUUACAAUAGUUCCCCAUCAAUUCCACAAAUCAAUAUUACCGAUCCUAAUAAUCUGAAUAGUCAAAAUUAUACUCAUAAUUCAAACAAUAAUAAUAAUAAUUCACGACUAAAUUUCAAUAGUAUCAAACAUCUUUAUCCAAGUCAAUCCAAAGUAAGUCAUAGUGACAAUAAUAGUUAUGAAAAUUUAUCCCCACCUUAUCGUCGACCUUCAAUGUCCGUAGAUUCAAUACCUUUUGAUGAAAAUGAUAAACUGAAAACAAAUGAAUCAAGUAUUCCAUUAAGUUUAACAGCACAAGAGUUAACGUUACAAGAAUCAAAAACUUACAUGAGAUGGUAUAGUGAUAUUUUAGCAAGAACUAAUAAUAGGACAAUUUCCGUAAUUGAUGUUUUUAAUUUUUUAACAAAUUUUAAAAUUAGUGAUGAUAAUAGAAAUCAAAUUAAUCAAAUAUUUUUUAAAAUAAGUUCAAGCGUUAAUAUUGGAGAAUUUUUUGCAUUGUUAAGAGUUAUAAGUCAUACUUUGAGAGGGGAAGUACCACUGAGGAAAUUAAUCAAAAUAAAGGCUCCAGUUCCUACUCCGCCUUCUAUAUUAUCUAAAAAGAGACAAAAUGAUGAAGAAGAAGAUAGUCGAGAUAACGAUAUUAGUAGUGAAUCAUCAGAUAAUAAACCUAUGGCUCCAUUAGAUAUAGAUAGUUUUACUCAAUUCUUAUUAACUGGUGAAAGACCAGAUUCAAAUAGUACUUCAUCAAAUUCCAAAAGUAGUCGAAAGUCAAAAAAAGUUAAAUUUUCAGAUCAAGUAAAUAUUCAUAAUUCAUCUCAAGAUUUUGUAUCACCAAUACAUUCACCAGCUCCAAAUGAAAAUCAAUUAGAUUAUACUUUACCUAUGGAUCAAUUAUUGAUUCAAAUGCAAAAUCGACAAACUCAACAAAAACCAGAAGAGCAAGCACAAGAAAAGGAGGAACUUAAAGAAAUGGAAUCUCAAAUUAAUCAUUUUCAUCAUUUAAAUGCCGUUGAUACAAUAUCGGUAGAUGGAACUCCAAUACCUGCACAACAAGUAUCAAAUGAUAAUAACCAACAAAAUAAUAAUGAACAAUUGUUAAAACCAAAUAUGACUGGACCUGCUCAAAUGUCAAAAUUUAUAUCAAGUUUAAGUCCAGAACCUUCAUACAAUAAUAAUGACGCCGAUAUAACUCCAUUAAGACCAAAUGUAACUGGACCUGCUGAUAUGGCUAGACUAUUUGCACCAAAUAAAAUACAAGAAGCAAAUCCUCAACAACAGCAACAAUCAUCAUCACAACAAUAUCAAAAUCAAAAUCAAACAGAAGAAGCUCCUAAAAUCUCAUUACUGGCUUUUUCUUCUCAAAUGACGGGACAGACAAUGGAAAAUACGUUACAAAAUGGUAAACCACCAGUUCCAAGACAUCGAUCAUAUUCAUCACCUACACCCAAUAAAAAUGCACCUCCGCCGCCACCACCAAGAAGAAGAAAUGUAUCCAAUGCUCAAAGGUCAGUAUCCCCACUACCCAUAUCACAACAACAAACACCUUCACCGUCUCCAUUGAGGUAUAAUCAAUAUUCCAAUCAACAACAAUUCCAGUCUCAACCUCCUGCAUUACCUCCAAAAAUACCGAAUAAUGUAUAUUCUUCAAAUUCAAAUAAUGAUUCAACUACAAACAUUUUAGAUGAUUUGAAAGCAUUACAAGAGGAAGUUGAUAAGAUAAGGAGUUUAACUGGAGGUUUUUAG